AUGAUUCCAUCCUUACGAUUGUGUUCUAGAGCAGCUUGGAAGGGUCCUAAUAUUGUACCACUUCCAAUACAACAAGCCAUUAAAAAUCCUGGAAUGGCUAUCCGUACAAAUGCCAGAAGUGCUACAAUACUACCACAAUUCGUUGGUUUAAAAUUUCAGGUACACAAUGGAAAAGAGUACGUUGCUUUUGAAGUCACCAAAGAUAUGGUUGGCUAUAAAUUGGGUCAGUUUGCUCCAACGAGAAAGAAGUUCAGUUAUACUCAAACUAAGAACAAGUAA